AUGGGUUAUCAGUUUCCUAAACGCAUUCACGAAGAAGGAGUUGAGUCACAGAUUGACAAGAUUAACAACACAUGUAGACGGACGCUUCUGGACGCAGUGAAGAUUGCUCUCAAAGAUGAGUAUGACGAAGUGUUGAAAGACCCCGUCUUCGGUCCGAUUCUUGCAAUUGUAGAGAACCGGCUCAUCUACUCGGGGAAGAUUAUUCACAGCUUCAUAUGCAAGCAGCUCAGGGUUUCGAAGCUUCACGAGCUCUGGUUUCUUUUUGCGAAGAGGCCUCUUCGGUUUUCUAUGCAAGAAUUCUAUGCUGUGACUGGAUUGAAGUUCAAGGAGGAACCAGAUGUAGACUUCAUCAACUGGAAGGAUGAUAAGGGGUUCUGGGCCACUGUGCUGAAGACAAAUCGGAAGAUUAACUUAUAUUGUGUAAGGGAUGAGCUCCUCAAAGUCUGUAAGGAGUGGUCGUAUGUGGACAGGCUGAGGUUAGUCUAUCUGUGUAUUUUGCAAUCCUUCCUCAUGGCUAAGGAUUGGAAAAUAUACAUCCCUCAUGAGUACAUUCGGUUGGUCAUGGAUUUUGAGAAGUUGAGGUUGUAUCCAUGGGGUCUUCGCGCUUAUGAUGAGCUGAUUGCUUCGAUUCUCAGAGCUAGGGAAGAUCUGAAUACGAAGAACAGUUAUGUCUUGGAUGGAUUCUCAUAUGCCUUUCAGAUAUGGAUUAUGGAGGCAGUUCCAGACAUUGGUUCAAUGGUGGGUACGAAGAUCAGAAAAAACAUGACGAAGAUGAGAUGUAGGAAUUGGAAAGGUAGUGGAAAAGUAUCGUACCAAGACGUGGCCAGUCUAGAGUCCCACUUCGAUAAGGGAGAGGUGUUUGCUUUUAUAUCAUCUACUGGAAAUUUAGAUGUGGUUGAAAGUACUGACUUCGUUAGGGAAGAUGAAAAGAAGGACGAAAGAGUGGGACGUAUUCUUGAUUUGAUCAAUGCCAAACAUGAUUGGAAGCAAUUCGCUUGGGAAGUUGAGGCUUUGCCUGCACAUAUGGAGCUUUCUGAUUCUGAGGAAGUACAAGGCAAAGAUGUCUCAGCAACACAUGUGGAGGAACCGGCUGUUGUUGCGGAGGAAGCAGCUGCGGUUCCAAAGAUGGGCAAGCGCAAGCUAACUGAUCCUGGUGCCGAGUCUCGAAAGAAACAACUUCUUUGUGAACGGGCGGCUGAACACAACAGUGGUGUCUCCGGUGAAAUGAAGACCUUCAUUGAAGAUUUGUUCACCUCUUCUUUCAACGCUUUUAAGGAGUUGGUGCAAAAGGACUUCAAUCAGCAGUUUGAGAAGGUCACCAAUGAGGUGGGUCAACUUAAAGAACAAGUGUCUCAGCUUAUGGGUCCUUCACAUACAGUGGGAAAAGGUAAUGCCUCUGAGAUUCUGUGUCCUUCGGCAACCCUUGGGAAAGACCAAGCAAACACAUCUCAUACUCCGGGUCCUUCAGCAGCAAAAGGAAAAGGCAAGGCAGCUGCAACUGCGACUCCUACUCCGGUUCGUCGAAGCUCUCGACAGGAUGAGUUAUCUUUUGUUGAUGAAAAUGAAUUGUCGGAAUUUUUGAGGAAUUUGACCAAACCAUCGACAUAUGUAGAUAAGGGGACCCAAGAGUCUUUACAAGAUGCCAUGGGAAACCUUUCUCAAGCGUCUCAUGUUAAAAGUUUUGAUGCUUCACAACAACUCAAUGGCGAAGAACCAGGUGAAUGGGCCACUCCACUGUCUUCAUUUAAACCUGCGGAUUGGAGACCACCUACUCUGAAAGACGUGGAGUCACAUGAGGACCGGAUGCAUGAUCCUGAUUACUCACUGGUCUUUGUCCCCGAGGAUUCAUGGGCCGAACUAAGAACGAAAAUUGGACCAUCUAUGCUCACAAGUGAGUUAGUAGCUCGUGUCAUGGGUCCUACAGAGUGGCUGAAGAAUCAUGAAAUUGAUGCUAUAAUGUGGUUAUUCACUGAGAGGACUUCCUUGCGGCGAUGGCUUCCAAAUAAUGUGGCAUUCAUGACAUGUUUGUUCAGUAAUCAAGUGAAGAAUUCUUUCCUAGAGUUAAAGAAGGACAUCCAGAAAUUCAAAGUUUCAGAACUGCUACAACAGUACGGCAUUGGCGAACUUCCAGCACACGGUCGAACAAGACUAAUGUGGGAUCUUGAUGUUGACCGCAUGUAUGUGCCUCUGAAUGUCGGUAACCACUGGAUCUCUAUGUGCGUCAACUUUGCUACUCGGUCGAUAGAGGUAUUUGACUGUGAGGGACUGAAACACAAAAGCGCAGUGGAGCCAUUUGCAGUUCUCAUCCCUAGAAUUGUCAAAGCAGUUCAGUCUUCUAACAGUCGGCAGCUUAAUGUCAGGAAGUAUACUAUCACGUACGCCUCAAUGCCCUUUCUGAACAAGAGUAGCAGUGAUUGUGGAGUAUAUGCUUUGAAGCACAUUGAAUGCCAUCUUCUAGGCUUGGACUUUUCUGUGGUUAAUGACGAGAACAUUCGUGAAGCGCGGCACAAGAUUGCUUAUGAUCUAUGGGAAGCUGCAAACGAUCCUGUCCUUAUUUCGAGAAUGGCCAAAUUCACUCCUUCAAAGACAUUUACAAAUCCUCUUGUGGAACUUGAAUGA